CACUGAAACAACCGAAGGGGGAAGAAGAAGAAACGGUGGCGGCAUGGCGGCGCGACUCCUGCGCGAUGUGGCAUCCGCUGCGGCCCGGUCGGCGCGCGGCCACCGCAUCCCCGACCCCUCCGGCUCCUUUGCCGGUCCUGGAAGCCGAGGCACCGCUCCCGCCGCUCAGGGCCUUCGUCAUUAUGCAGCACCAUCCAGUGAAGCAGUGGGGAACCUAGAGAUGAGCUUGGAAUUGGAUGCACCCAAGCCAAAGCGUAAUCGAUCAGGUAUCUCAAAGAAAAGCGGAACAGCCAUGAUGCUCCCACUCCAUUUCCAUUACGAAGAUGUACUACGUCAGGAUCUGUUGCUGAAACAGAACCAUGCCAAUAUCAUGCAAGUUCCUGGAUUGUAUGAAAUCAGAAUAGCACCAAAAGCAGGUUCUGAUUUGAGGGUUCCAAUAGGAAAAUUGGCUAUGGAGAUUUUGAGUGGCCAGAGAUUCAAGGAGGUACAAAGUGACCCUUUUGCUAAAGCAAGAAAGUCUGCUCGAACCAAUCCAUUCAUUGGGGCUGGCAAAGACAGUGGCAAUGCCUUUGCACGACAGAGUGUUCUCCGAGGGCAUGCAAUGUACAAUUUCUUGGUCAGAAUGUUGACAGUGAUGUCCAUGUUAGAUUCUCGGGCCGAAAUUCGGGGAAACACCAUAAAGUUCUUCAUGGAGACGGAGUUCUGUGAGUUCUCCCCGGAACUGGAAGACCACUUUGAGAUCUUUGAGCAUAUCCGAGGGUUCAACGUGACUAUCGCCACUUCAGCCGACACAAAAGAUGAGACCUCGCUACUGUGGAGUGGCUUCAUGCUAAACGAUGAGGGGGAAACCAAGUAAGUUGACUGUUUGGCAGGGGCUGAUAGGCGGUCACUUCUUUCAAAAUGGUUUUGGAGUUGUGGCGGUUAUUGCUGAAGAAGUACAAUGCAGCAUCCAUCAUUUUUGUAGACUGAAUGAAUGAAGCUUGCGUGAUUGUUAUGUGUAGCGAUGUAUGGAGCUAAUGUUUAAUUGCUACAUUUAAUACUAUAUGAAUUUAAUAAUGUAGGCUCCAAUAGGUCUCUUUUUGCUUAUUUCUGUGGGUCCUGCUGUAGUAGUAUCAUGGAAUGCUCGUUUCUGUUUGUCAAAACCAUUGCAAGAGAGGGCAACGAAACGAAGCUCACCUUCAGGACAUGUACUGUGAACUUGAUCUUUGCAACGAGUUCCAUUUUGCUUGUCUCUGGCUCCUGUCCUGUAGUGACCUGGAAAGCUUGUAUGUUUCUCGAAAUCAUUGUAAGAGGGCAUAUUUCCUUGUGUUCCA